UACAAUCAGUUUAUUAUUAAUAUUAAAAUAAGCAAUAAACAUUAAAAAACAAUGAAAAGAAUUUUCUCGAAUAUUUUUCAUCUUUUCAAAACGUGUUCUUAUGGUAGCCAAGCGGAGGAGCAUAGGUAUUAUGCGACAAAUGUAUCGUAGGCGUUGGGCAUAUUUAUGUUUGUCCAUUUUUAAGUUUUUUAAGGCUUUUGAAAAAAAAAUUAAAAAUUAAAAUAAUCGUGCAUGGAAAUUUAGCUACGUUUCCCCUCUAUUCCCCAUUCAUUCAUGUUCAAAACUUAUAGUCUUACAUCAACUGCGGUGAUAGAUUCAUUUUAGCUGAAUUCAGAAAUUGAAAAGCUAGGUAUUGUAAAGAAUUAAUACUUUUGUCGUAUGAGCAUAUAUAAUCAAACCAUUUGUUCAAAUCGGGAAUAAUAGUUUCGAUCAAAGUGUCUUAUGCACAAACAAACAAUCAACGUAAAGCCUUUUUUGGAACACGAAGAAAAAGCUUUUCACAGUGAUCAGUCCACAAGAUUUGAGAGUUGUACGUCUAAGAUGCAUUCAAGUAGCAAAACAAUAUUCAAUUUAACCACACACAAUAUGUAGGAGAGGUGGAACUGAAUCAGAUCGAUAAAACAAAUUAGGUAGAUAGCAUAUAAUAUUUGCAUCGAUAUAGAACUUACCAGCUUUCUUGGAUUCGAAUCCAAAACUUGGAACGUGACAUAAUACGAAGCCACACAAUGCCAACAACAUCCUAGUACAUAGGUUGGGUCCCUUCGAGUUCCAGCCUCUGCAUCUUCUUUAAUGAUAAUUAGGCAUAUCCAUAGUCGGCAUAUUAUAAUCAUAUCAAAUCAUUAGAAACAAUAAAACUGAUAAUAAUAAGUAUACCUAAUUACCUAUUGUUUCUUAACCUAUAUGAUGAAACAUUAGUCGCUAAAUUUUAAAAUCCAUAUUUGGAGUUUUGCACCGUUACCAAAAGAAAACAAGAAGAUAGUGGGGAAGGAAGCUACUACUGCUGCAUCUUGAGGCACGUGACAAGUUCCCACACGUGUCAUAAUCGCUUACGUCACGAAGGUCUCUUUGCUCCCUUUUAUUUUUCUCUGUUCCAUUCACAUGGCGUUGAAAAGUGUAAAACACAGUAUCUAUUUAAUUAUUAACCACUGUUAAAAAGAAGAAAGCUUCUGUAACGUCUUUUGACUGUUACAGCCUUUUUUUUAACCUCCCUCCAUUGCAUAAAUACACCUCACCAACUCUCUCGCCUCUCUCUAAACCCGAACACACUCCUCCUUCCUUCAUUGUCUCUCUCAACUUCUCUCUCAAACAUAAACCCUGUUUCUUGAUUUUCUUUACUUUCAUUUCCAUCGAUGUUACGAGAAUCAGACGGUGAGAUGAGCUUAGAGACCACAAACUCCCCUAUUAGCAGCGGGACAGAGAGUUGCAGCAGCUUCAGCCGGUUAUCUUUCGACACACCGCCGUCAACCACCGCGACUAUCCCCGAGGAAGAAAGCUUCCUCUCCCUUAAACCUCACCGCUCCUCCGACUUCGCCUACGCAGAGAUCCGCCGGCGGCGCAAACACGGCCUCACCUUCCGAGAUUUUCGCCUCAUGCGCCGCAUCGGCGCCGGAGACAUCGGAACAGUGUACCUAUGCCGUCUCGCCGGAGAAGAAGAAGAGAGCCGGAGGUCGUAUUUCGCGAUGAAGGUCGUGGAUAAAGAAGCGCUAGCGUUGAAGAAGAAGAUGCACCGAGCUGAGAUGGAGAAGAAGAUUCUGAAGAUGCUCGACCAUCCCUUUUUGCCGACCCUUUACGCCGAGUUUGAAGCGUCGCAUUUCUCUUGCAUCGUCAUGGAGUAUUGCUCCGGCGGAGACUUGCACUCGCUUCGUCAUAGACAGCCCGACGGAAGAUUCUCCCUUUCCUCCGCCAGAUUUUACGCGGCUGAAGUUCUAGUGGCGUUAGAAUAUCUACACAUGCUAGGCAUCAUCUACAGAGAUCUCAAGCCUGAAAAUAUCCUAGUUAGAUCGGACGGUCACAUCAUGCUCUCUGACUUUGACCUCUCCCUAUGCUCCGACUCAAUCGCAGCCGUUGAAUCCUCCUCCUCCUCGCCGGAGAAUCAACCCCGCUCUUCCCCGCGUAGACUCACACGUCUCGCUAAGCUUUUCCACCGCGUCUUGCGGUCCAAAAAGGUUCAGACGCUAGAGCCUAACCGUCUCUUUGUUGCUGAACCGGUUACCGCCCGGUCCGGUUCGUUUGUUGGUACGCAUGAGUACGUUGCACCAGAAGUCGCCUCGGGUGGGUCCCAUGGGAAUGCCGUUGACUGGUGGGCCUUUGGAGUGUUUCUAUACGAGAUUAUUUACGGUCGGACUCCGUUCGCCGCGCCGACCAAUGACGUCAUACUCCGUAACAUCGUGAAAAGACAGUUGACUUUCCCGACCGAUACGCCGGCUACCAUGUUCGAGCUUCAUGCGAGGAGUUUGAUCUCCGGGUUGCUCAACAAGGACCCGACCAAACGACUCGGGUCGCGGCGAGGCGCCGCGGAGGUUAAGGUUCAUCCGUUUUUCAAAGGUCUAAACUUUGCGCUUAUCCGUACGUUGACUCCGCCGGAGAUUCCUUCCGACGUAAGGAGACCGAAGAAAGCGGCAACGUUUAGUGGUAGGAGUAGUAAACCAGCUGCGUUCGAUUUCUUUUGAAGCGAACGGUAGUGAUUAGCGCCACGUUCUGGUCGGUUCAAGUCGGUGACUGACUUGUGACGAUAGAUCUUUUAGCUGUACAUAUUCUCUUGAAGCUGUCCUUGAUUUUAAAAAAAUACUACUCCGUAUUAGUUUUAUCUGACUUUUUAUAUGAUUAAAAUUAGAUGACUUCUCACGCGAUUUGUACUAUAAGCUUAUAAAUCUAAAACUAAUCUUGUCAUAAUUAUCAAAUCUUCGGGAGUUGGAAACA